AGCCUCAUAAAUUCGCUAGAGCUUUUUGCACAUCACCACCACCAUCAUCAUCUAUGUCGUUACCAUUGGCUAGCUAGGGCAAGGUAGAGAUGUCCCAGAAGAUAGCGGCCGAGGAUUUUCCAAAGGCAUGGUCGGGUCCGAUCGCCGAGAAGCCACCGCCGGCGGUGGCGGUGGCAGUGGUGGUGAGAGAGUACGAGGAAGGGAGAGACAAGGCGGGCGUGGAGAGAAUGGAGAUGCGGUGUGAAGUCACCGGACAGAGGUCCGGACCAGAUAACAAGAACAAGAUGAAGAAGAAGGAGGAGGAGGAGGAGAAGAAGGCAUUUCUGGUGACGGACCUCUUGGGCGACCCGCUCUGUCGCGUCCGCAGCUUCCCAUUGCAUGUCAUGCUGGUUGCGGAGUGGGGAGAGGGCGGAGAAAUAGUUGGGGUGAUCAGAGGGUGCAUCAAAAGAGCGAAAAUUACACGGAACGUCGCCAAUCCAUCAUCAUCAGAUUAUGUGAAGGUUGCAAAUGUUCUGGGGCUCAGGGUCUCUCCUUCUCACAGGAGGCAUGGCAUUGCCACAAGACUAGUCCAAGAGAUAGAGAGAUGGUGCAAGCGGCACGGCGCGGAUUACGCCUACAUGGCCACGGACGCCACCAACUCGCCCUCCCUCAAGCUCUUCACCGCCAAAUGUGGCUUCAUCAAGUACCGCACCCCGAACCUGCUGGUGCGACCCGUCCACGCCCACCGUGAGCCCCCGGUACCAGGCACCUCAAUCAUCCGGAUCACCCCGAGGCUCGCCGAGUUGAUGUAUCGGCGUGUCCUCGCCGGCUCAGACUUCUUCCCGGAGGACAUGGGCGAGAUUGUCGCGCACGCCCUCAGCUUGGGCACGUUCGUGGCGAUCCCCGAGGAGUCUGCCCGCGCGUGGGACCCAGAGUCGGGGGCGCUGCCGCCGUUGAGCUUCGCCGUGGCGAGCGUGUGGAACACCAAGGGGGUGUACAACCUCCAGGUGAAGGGCGCUUCUGGGUUCGUGCGCGCGUGCUGCGCCGGGAGCCGGAUGCUGGAUUCGUGCAUGCCGUGGCUGAGGCUACCUUCGUUCCCCAACGUGUUCAACCGAUUCGGGUUCUACUUUCUGUACGGUUUGUACAUGACGGGAAAGCACGGGCCGAGCCUGAUGAAGUCGCUCUGCGAUUUCGCGCACAACAUGGCGAGGGAUGAUGCCGGGUGCGGCGCGGUGGUUGCCGAGGUCGGGCCGGGAGACCCGGUGAAGGUGGCGAUCCCUCAUUGGAAGAGAUUUUCGUGGUCGGAAGACGUAUGGUGCAUCAAGCUCCUUCGGGAGGGACUCGUCCAAAAAUGUGGGGAUUUGGAUUGGGUUCACAUGUCUAAGGGUCAAUCCCCAGUACUCUUCGUUGACCCUCGAGAUGUUUGACUUUCUAACUCUCUGUUUUUGUCUUUUUCCUGAAUUGUCUUUUGAC